ACCAUUUGAAGACUCCGAGUUUGCCUGCGAGGAUUCCCAAAGGGAUCUGGGCAGCUGGUGGUCCCGCCCCCUCUCUUAUCGGAGCCCCCCAGCCCCUCCGUUCUCCCCACCCCUAACUUCCCUCCGGUCCCCCCCCAACCCGCCCCACGCCGCUGAUUCGCUCGCAGCUUCUCCUCACCACAUCCUAACCAUGGCUGUGUUUCUGCAGCUGCUACCGCUGCUGCUCUCGAGGGCCCAAGGGAACCCUGGGGCUUCUCUGGACGGCCGCCCUGGGGACCGGGUGAAUCUCUCCUGCGUAGGAGUCUCUCAUCCCAUCCGCUGGGUCUGGGCGCCCAGCUUCCCGGCCUGCAAGGGCCUGUCCAAAGGACGCCGACCGAUCCUGUGGGCCUCUUCGAGCGGGACCCCCACCGUGCCUCCCCUCCAGCCUUUCUUCGGCCGCCUACGCUCCCUGGACUCUGGUAUCCGGCGGCUGGAGCUCCUCUUGAGCGCGGGGGACUCGGGCACUUUUUUCUGCAAGGGCCGCCACGAGGACGAGAGCCGUACAGUGCUUCACGUGCUGGGGGACAGGACCUAUUGCAAGGCCCCCGGGCCUACCCAUGGGUCCGUGUAUCCCCAGCUCCUGAUCCCGCUGCUGGGCGCUGGGUUGGUGCUCGGACUGGGAGCUUUGGGCCUGGUCUGGUGGCUGCACAGGCGCCUGCCCCCGCAACCGAUUCGACCACUCCCUAGAUUUGCUCUGUCCCCCCCACAUAGCUCCACUUGUGAAAACCGAGCCCCAGAGGCCAGUAAAGGAGGAAGAGCCCAAGAUUCCAGGGGACCUGGACCAGGAACCGAGCCUGCUCUAUGCGGAUCUGGACCAUCUAGCCCUCAGCAGGCCCCGCCGGCUGUCCACAGCGGACCCUGCUGAUGCCUCCACCAUCUAUGCAGUUGUAGUUUGAAGGGAAGCCCUUACUCCAAACCUCCCAAGCUAGGGGAUCCCAGCUCCCCAUAAUCCCUCUCCCCUCCUUGGUCCCUCACCUGGAAGAGGAAGGCACCAUGGUAUAGAAAUAAGUGCUAGACUGGGAGUUGGGAGACCUGGGUUCCAGGCUGUCUGCCACUGAUCUUACUUCUAAACUUACUCCCGUCUCUCCUAUAACCUCCAUGUCUCCCUCACCACCAGUGUCCUCUCUAUACCCAAUCAAGCCCUAGCUCCUUUUUUUUUUUUUGAGACGGAGUCUCGCUCUGUUGCCCAGGCUGGAGUGCAGUGGCACCAUCUCCCUCACUGCAAGCUCCGCCUGCCGGGUUCACACCAUUCUCCUGCCUCAGGCUCCUGAGUAGCUGGGACUACAGGCGCCCGCCACCACGCCCAGCUAAUUUUUUGUAUUUUUAGUAGAGACGGGGUUUCACUGUGUUAGCCAGGAUGGUCUUGAUCUGCUAACCUUGUGAUCCACCCGCCUCGGCCUCCCAAAGUGCUAGGAUUACAGGCGUGAGCCACCACGCCCGGCCUGAUUCUUUAAGCUGUUUUUCUUUGUUGCUGGUGUUUUCUUUUUGGACUCCUCUUCCUUGCUCCAUAUCCCUACAGUAUUUCCCACCAUUCUAGGGUUGUCCCUUUCUCUUCUUCUGGGACACUCUCAUCUACAGUCAGUCCUCAGCCCCCUCCUCUGCAAAUGACACUCAGAACUCUCUCUGGCUCAGAUCUCAGAUUUGGGAUUAACAAACUUCCACUUAGACAUUCUGCCUGACUGACCUCAGGCAUUUCGCAGUCCGAAUGUCAAACCCAACUCAUUGUCAUCUCUGAAGCUGCUCACUUAAUUCUCCUCUGUAUUCUCUUUAACAACCCAGUUGCCCAACCCAGAAACUGGGAGUCACGCAGACCUCCUUUCUCUCUUACUCCCACACAAUGAGCCAUGAAGUCCAGUCUUUCUAUCUUAACAUCACUGUCAAACCCACACUGUAUUCCAUGCCCAGCGCUGCCACGUGAAUGUACUCUGCUCACUUCCUUCCUGGAUUACCCAUAGCCCCACCUCAUCCUCCUACCCUUGCUUUCCUCCCUGAAGUCAGAGAGAUCCUACUCAAGAGAUAACUGCUCCUGACAGCCCUUAUUACAGAACUGAAGUACUCUCCUUAGCUUCAGCUCUGUGCCCACAUGCCUUGGCUUUGGAUACAAGGUACUACAGCACUUUGUCCACUCUCCAGGCUUACCUGUGUCAUUCCAUGUGCACAUCUUAGAAAAUGCCAGCCUUAGAGAAUUCUCCCUAGCCCCAAAAUAUCUUUGCCCAGUGCAAUUCCUUCUUCCUGUAUUGCCCCUUUCCCUCCUUCACACUAUCUGCCUGGCUAAUUCUUAUUUAUCCUUAGUUCAAGUAUGGCCUUUUCUGGGAAGGUGACCCUCCUUGGCCACCCCUUGCAUAUACUUUGAUGCCCUAGGGCACACCCCCUUUAUUUCCCUCAUAGAAACAGCCUUCUGUAAAUUGUUCCAUGACAACCUGUAUUUCAAUUUGUAAGAAAUUUGCAUGUACUGUGAGCUCCCCAACGUCAGGAGACUGACCCUUUUGAUAUCAUUGCUAAGCCUCAUUAAAUGAAUGAAUGAAAAUGAA